ACAUACAUAUAGGUAUAUAUAUAUAAGUGAUUAACUGAAGUUUUUUAUGAGUAAACUACAAGAUAUUAGCAACUGUAGCAUUCAACCUUCUGAAUGUUGGAGAGAAAACUCUGAGAUUAAUGUUUCUUUAGCUGAUAGAUAUCACCUUUCUAUAGGUGAUGAAGGAAUUGUUAGAAAGGUCAAGAAAAAAACGUACCUGGCAAUAUGCUACAAACACUUUUUUCUUUUAUUCUUUAUGUUCAUAUCUAUCUUAGUUGUAAUCUUUCCUAUUAUUGUUUUAAUUGUUUAUAAAGAUAAUCUGGAGGAUAAAGUUCGCAAUACACUAAUACUGUUACUAUACAUUGGGAUCUUUAGUUUUAGUGGUGGUGUUGCUACUCUGGUUUCACUGCUUGUAUUGUCUCCAAAAGUUCCACGGUAUAAAAAAUUUUCAUCAAAUUAUCUAAAUGAAAGAGCAAAAAUUGUUAGACAAUUCCUGGAUGAAAUUUUCAGUGAAGAAUAUAUAUGGCAAUACAGCAAGAGAACAAAAUUUUUCCAAGAUAACAAUAAUUCUCAAACAUUGGUUUCCUUUCUUGAAUCAAAUGAAUUUGACAAUUGGAUAAGUAAAAAAUUUCAGUCAAUGUUAAAUACACCUCAAGGUGUUUUGUUAGAUGUGCUUGACAUUGAUCAUGAUGAAGCAUGUUCUACGUUUAAGUUCUUCAUAAUGAAAACAGUACUUGAAUUUCCAAAACAAAUUUCUGAACUCUGGAACCACAGUUCUCAAAGGCAAAGCUUAAAGUCGCAUAUAAACAAUGUAUUGUUGGAACGUCUUAGCAGUGAUUCUAUAGGAGUUAACCAAUUAACUCAACAGAUGGUCGUGUUGCAGAUCGAUUAUAUUGUCAUCUUUGUUACGUUAGUUAUGGGAAUCUUUGGUGGGAUAUUUGGAACCGUGAUUACUUUUUUAUUAUACGAAAAAUAAAAGUAUUUAUUAUUUUGUAUUUAUUUAUUAUCAACUUUUUAUAUUUUAUAAGAUUAAUAAUUAAGAAUAAAAACUACGCUAUUUCAUCUUUUUUUAUUUUCUUUUUUUAUUUGACAGAUAUUGUUUAUUUUUUAGAUUUUUUUAUAUUUUUUCUUGAGUUAUAAAAACUUUUGUAAAAGAUUUUACGAAUAUUUUUAAAGAGCUCUUUUAUCGUGUAAUUCUUUUAUCGUGUGAUUCUUUUAUCGUGUGA